ACACAUAAUGUCGCACUUGAUGAAAUUUAUCCGUUAAAAUUAGAUCUUGCGUCUAAAGUAGCAACACCCUAUCAAAAAUUAUUGGAAUUUCAAAAAUCACAUGAUGCAACAUGGUUUAGCAAUACUCCAAUAUC